AUGGCAAAAAUGUGAGAGCCACCUUCCAGUUCUCUCUCUCUCUCUCUCUCUCUCUCUCUCUCUCUCUAUGUGUCUCUGUCUCUCUCGGGUUCACUGAACAAAAAACCCAAAAUCCCAAAAGAAAAUUGAAAAUGCAUGUCAUCAAAACCCUAAAUCUCUUGGUACUCCUCCUUCUCCUCUGCAUUUUCCGGCGAUCCGUCGCCGUUGGCGGCGGUGGCGGAGGGGGAGGAAACACCAAUGGCGUCUACUCUCCUUGCUCCGACGCGAGGAUCCAGAGAUCCGACGGGUUCAGCUUCGGGAUAGCAUUCUCAUCGCGUCAGUCGUUCUUCUUGAACGAGACGGUUCUUCUCUCUCCCUGCGACCGCCGUCUCGGCCUCUCCGCCAUGAACGCUCAGUUCGCUCUCUUCCGACCUAAGGUCGACGAGAUCUCCCUCCUCUCCGUCAACACCUCCGAUUUCUUCCCGGACAACUAUGGCGGAUAUAUGGUAGCAUUUGCUGGUCGGAAAUAUGCUGCCAGGUCUCCUCCAGCUUUUGUCGCUAACAGCACUUAUAUAGUCACCAGUUUUACAUUGGUGUUCGAGUUCCAGAAGGGCAGGCUCAAUAACCUGUACUGGAAAAGAGACGGGUGUUCAUCGUGCAAAGGCAACCCUAGUUUCGUCUGCCUGAACAACCAGGACUGUGCCAUCAGAACCCCGAGCUGCAAGGGCCGUGGAGGUCCCGUGGACUGCAGCCUCGGGAUACAGCUAGCAUUCUCGGGCACUGACAAGCAUUUAUCAGUUCUCAACUCGUGGUAUGAAGUCGAGAAUCUUAGGCAGUAUUCUCUGUACGGUCUGUACUCAAACCUCAAGAACUCCCUCACUAGUCAGUUCAACAACUUCUUCUAAAAACUUUUAGGGUCUCCUUAGAAAAAGCCUGUGAUUCCAGUUCGUUUUCGCUUUAGUAAAGUUUAGAUUUAGCUCUAGUUCAUGUUACUUUCGAUCUAGUUUUGGAUUCUGCAAUGGCCGGUUUUCAAAGGCACUACUACCAAGAUUCGGUUACGUAAUCA